AUGGCCCCUUCAACACGUUCAUUGAGCGCUGGCUCGCUCAUGCUAGCUCUGUUGGCAUCGCCAGCGGCUGCCGCCAAAAGCUACUCCCUGGUGGAGAACUGGGAGGGUAAAAAUUUCCUCGACUUUUUCAACUUCCACGUCGGAACCGACCCGACGAACGGUUACGUGAACUAUCUUGACAAGCAUACUGCGGAAGGCGCGGGCCUUGUCAAAGUAACUGAUUCCGGCAGCGUAUACCUUGGUGUCGACCACACAACCCAGCUCGAUCCCAAUGGAAAGGGUCGCGAUUCGGUUCGGAUCGGCAGUAAGAAGUACUACGAUCAGUCUUUGAUCAUUGCCGAUAUUGCGCACAUGCCGGGAAGUGCCUGUGGUACCUGGCCAGCAUUUUGGUCUGUUGGGAAAGAAUGGCCUGGCGAUGGUGAGAUUGACAUCAUCGAAGGUGUUAACCUGCAAGACCAUAACGAGAUUGUCAUGCACACAGCUGGUACUUGCAGCUUGACUGAUACGGAUAUGACUGGAGUUGUCAAUGCCACGGGAUGCGGCGAGGAUCUCGGAACUGUUGGCUGUGUGAUCGAGGGUCACAAGGGUAGCUAUGGCACAUCGUUCAACGGCCAGGGAGGUGGUGUCUAUGCGUUGGAGUGGACCGACGAAUUCCUCAAGAUUUGGUAUUUCUCGCGGAGCUCGAUCCCAGCAUCGAUCAAGAGUGGAAAACCAGACGUCACCCAAUUCGGCACUCCCAUGGCUUUAGUGGAGGAAUCAUGCGACGUGGCCAAUGCGUUCAAGUCUCAGUCCUUCAUCUUUGAUGUCACCUUCUGUGGUGACUGGGCUGGAGGUGUGUUCGGUGACUCAGGAUGCCCAGCAACCGACGCCGAUUCCUUCAAAAGCUGUCACAAUUAUGUCGCACACCACCCGGGUGAGUUCAAGGAGUCUUACUGGGAGAUUAACUCGGUCAAAGUGUACCAGUCGGGUGUCAAGGGCAUCGCUUCCGUCGCAUCUUCAGAGUCGCAAACCACUCAAGCUACUGCCGUGUCCGAGGCAGAGACAGCCAAGCCCAAGCCCACCGAAGCUGCCAGUGAAGCCAAAUCCGUGACCACCCCUCCCAUCGCAAUGACUUCUGAGACCGCAGUCGUCAGCCAGCCUACCAGCGCCCCGAGUACGAUCGAAUCCGCAUCCUCUCCGGACAAUGAAUCGGUUGGAAGCAUACAAGAAUUGAACCCUUCCUCCGCCCCUGCGUCUACCGCGACGGCAAACAGCCAUGCACCCCAGGAGGUGGAGCCCGUUGCCCCGAAGAAGACCCGCACCGUUACUGCCCACGUCACUGCAACUGAGACCGUCUGCCCUGAGGCGGAGAAGUCCUCUGCCAUGGUGGUGCAAUCCCCCGCGGUCUGGCCCCACUCCAGCCAUGGAGCUGUGCCACCUCCUGCUCAUCAAGGGGCUCCGACCACAAGCCCACAGCCAGUUUCAGGCCCCGCCACCACGCCUGUCGCACCAGGUGCUUAUACCUGGUCAGCGGAAACCGCUAGUCCUCCCGCUGCAAGCCUCAGUGUGCCGUCGCCCGCCAACCCACCCACUCCCCGUGGCUCACCGGCUGCCCCUUCGCCCUCUGCUGAGAGCUUUGGUGCUUCAUGGUCGCAGUCCUCCGCGCUGCCCUCCGCCGUUGUGUCUUCCGUCCCAUACGAGGCAUCCAGAGCUUUGAUCUCUGCGCCAACUGACGUGUCCCCCGCGACUGCAUCCGCUACCACUGGCUUCUUCAUUCCCAGCUCUACCCAGUCCGGAGUAAGCCCUGUGUUUACAGGCUCUGCUGACCGUCUUGGGGCUAGCUUGUUGGCUGUUUGGUGUGCAACGGUUGUCGCUUUCAUGAUAUAA